AUGCUAAUCUUGGCAAGCAACCAGCCGGAACAAUUCGAUUGGGCUAUUAACGACCGGAUGGAUGAGAUCGUCCACUUCGACUUGCCGGCUUUGCCAGAACGCAUUCGCCUUAUACGGCAUUACUUCGACCUUUAUCUCUUACAGCCAUCUCUUGAUAGGCGUCAGCGCAUCCGACUUGACGAGGUGAUCGAUUAUGCUCUAGUGUGUCACAAAGUUGCCGAACGCACCGAGGGACUAUCUGGCCGUGAACUCGCCAAGUUGGCUAUCGCUUGGCAGGUUUGUGUUCUGAUACUUUCGUUUCAUAUGAAAUAA